CGCUAGGCUCAGACGGCGAGUUCGCGCUGCGCUAGGCUCACAGAUGCGAGUGCGCUGCGAUAGAAGAAAAAAACAGGGUCGAAACGACAACCGAAGGGAGGACUGUGUAGUGUAAUCAUGUGUCAAGAAUCACGUGCUGCUGCUGCUGCUGCUACUGCUGCUGCUGCGCGGCGAGCGCCGUCGCCGAGGCGGGCCUCGGCGGAGAGCGCGAUUAUGCGGCCUUUUCCGCGACCCGCACAAAGAAGAGGCGCCCUCCGUCAGCCUCGACCUGCCACCGGCUCGCGUCGACCGACCCGGCCGCGUGCCACACCUCCACAGCCCAGUGCGCCAGCCCGCAGAAGUUGCCCUCCUCGAUGCCCCAUCCCGUGGGCCACGCGGCCAAGGCGGUGCCGAGAGGCGGCGGCGGCGCCGCGGUCGCCUCGAGACGCGCCGCGACGGCGUCAAAGGCGAUCCGCCUCGCGCCCGUCGCGGCCGCCUCGGCCAGCAGCGCCUCCCCGGCCAGCCGCGGGAGGUCGCCCUCCGUCUCGAACCAGCACGACGAGCGGCCGUCGGCGCACGCCUCGUCCCACGCCUUGAGCUGGCGGACAAAGGCCGCCAAGCUCUUGAGGCCGGGCGAGGGCGCGGCGGGCGACGGGGCAAGGGAGCAGCCGGGCGAGGAGAGGUAGGAGGUGCUCGCCGGCGAGCGCUCCCGCGCCGGCUCGGAAGAGGGGCUGUCGGCGGCGAAGCAGAGUGGCACGCCUCGCCGCUCGAGCCGCCGACAGCCCCCCUCCUCGACGUGACGGCCGCUCCCGGAGCCGGCCGGUGCGCGCCUGACCCACGCCCCCUCUCGCACCCCUCCGACCCCCCCUGCGCGGCGCACCCGUCCGCUGUGCGCCGGCUCGAGCGCCAGAAUGUGGCCGCAGGAAGAGCCUCCGGCGGGCCUCCGGCGGACGCCUGGCGGCGUGGCGCUGCGCGCCGGCCUGCGGCCCA